AUGAAGUACGGGAAGACUUACUCCUCACUUCUCUCUACUCCAACUUGGCCCCAAGAGUGGAAGGAUCUCGCGUUGGACUAUAGAGGGCUCAAGAAACUUGUCAACGGAGUGGUCGAUGAACUUUCAGCACAAGGGCUCAACCAUGAAGUCCUACUAAGUCUACUCGAGGCUGAGAGGGAGUUUGAGGAGCACGAAACAUUGGUGCUGGGAGACACUCACCGUCCAUUUGAUCCAGCCAAUCAGAAGUCGUCCCACGGUAGUUUUUUGAGGUCGCGUGCUCAUUAUGAGUUUAUUUCCGAUAAAACUAACAUUACUCCUCAACUCCGGAUUUGGCUUCAUUCCGAGCCAGGUGGUCCUUCGAGUGAUCUCUUCCGGCCAUCCCUUCUACAUCUACGAUCCAAUCCAAACGCCUCUCAUAUCAGAACAAGUACAGAAUAUGCCUCGUGUGAGGAUGCACUUGAGGCGGCUAGGUCGGCUCCAAACCUCGAAGCAGGGCCAGGAGGGAUGGAAGAGCCAGCAUUAAUGUCUGCUUCGGUAGAACUGGUUAGCAAACCAAACCCCUUGUAUGCUCUAAAGAGCAACUACGAAAGCAAUCCACAUUUGGGCGCAUCUUCUGUUCACGAAGUCGACAAUGCCACAGAUCUACGUGACGCCACAGACUUGGACAAGGCAACCCUCACGUCAAAUUCGUUAGGACACGCUGAUCGGGAACCAAGCAAAUUGACUCGAGACAUAGAAGUUGUACUACCCCUCACAGCGGAUACAGCCUUCCACCGAGUCCUCGCCACUGCCCUCUCGUCCCUAGCGUCACUCCGAACUCGAACUCAAACCCGCGUCUCAGACCAAAUCUCUGGUCUGGCUGACACAAUCUCCUCUUGUUCUGGUCCUCCUGCCCGGGAUCGUAAAUCAGACUUGUAUGCCUGGCGUGAGAUCUUCCAACUUUGGGUCGAAUGUCAAAUAUAUCAAGGGGGUGCUACCGAGCGCGAACGAGCCAAUGGUGAAGGUGGAAUUCGAGACGUGGCCGAGGCAGAGAAGCGGCUGGGAAUGUUCGCGUCUGAGGUUGUCAAGCGAGGUCUUGGCGACCGCCGAACCAUGAAGAGCGCGAAGAGUCGAGAUGCGCUGCAAACGUUUUUGAAUUUGAAUCUACACAUCUUGGACCUCAAGAAGUUUGAGCUAGCCAAUGCAGAAGCAGCACGGAAAAUUCUCAAGAAGCACGAGAAACGUACAGCAUUACCCACCGCUACUUCACUUGCAGUCCUACCAAUCUCACGUGGCACAGGCGAGCUACCGCAAAUGCUCAUUACUACACUCACACAAACGCUCCUUCCUGUGUUACCGAGCUUAGAAGACUAUUCGUGCCUUAUCUGUACAAGUAUUGCGUUCAAGCCCAUUCGUCUAUCAUGUGGACACCUAUUCUGUGUUCGGUCACCUUGUGUAUUGAUUGCCGAUGGUUCGAAUCUGGAUGUCAGUCUUAUGAAUUUUAUGAAAGAGUGGUUCCCAAAGGAAACCAAGGAGAAAUCUGACUCCAACGACCGAGCUGCAGCAGGUAGAGGAAGGGCAUCAUUAUCCGGCAUGUGGGGGUCCAAAGCUAUCCUUGUUCUCGCUGCCACCUUCGCCAGCCUUGUAGCUGCAUUACCCGCCACAAACACUACCCUUCCUAUCGUAGUGAAGCGUUCCAUCAGUGGCGCUACUGGAUCUGACUGCAAUGGAUACACCUUCACUGCUGCCCAGGUCUCCGCUGCUGCUCAAGAGUCUCUGAGCCACGUACUUGCUGGUACGACGGUCGGUACCAACAAAUACCCACACGUACUGGACAACCGCGAAGGAUUUACGUAUCCUGCUGGGUGUACCGUUACCCGCUACGAGUUUCCGAUCUUCCGUAAUAAGAUUUAUACCGGUGGCGACCCAAGCGUAGAUCGGGUGAUCAUUGGCCAUGUGUCCGGUUCGAGUGCAUAUUCAUGUGGUGUAUUGACACACCAAGGAGCCAGUGGUAACAACUUCCUCCAGUGCGACAACGUUUAA